AUGACUAGAGAUAUUAAAAAUCAUUUAUUAUUCGAAGUUGCAACAGAAGUUGCUAAUAGAGUCGGUGGUAUCUAUUCUGUCUUAAAAUCUAAAGCUCCUAUCACUUCAUCUGAAUACAAGGACCGUUAUACUUUGAUUGGACCAUUAAAUUAUGAUAGUGCCGCUGUGGAAGUUGAAGAACUAAAAUUCACCGACCCAGCUAUUAAAGCAACUUUGGAUUCAAUGGGCUCAAGAGGUAUUAGAUACUUAUACGGUCGUUGGUUAAUUGAAGGUGCUCCAAGAGUUUUAUUAUUUGAUGUUGGUUCUGCUGGCCAUCAUUUAGAUGAAUGGAAAACUGAUUUAUGGAACAUUAGUGGUAUCCCAACUCCAAAUGGUGAUACUGAAACUAAUAAUGCCAUCUUGUUAGGUUAUCUUGUUGCUUGGUUUCUUGGUGAAUUGGUUUAUCAUGAUCGUGAACGUGCUGUUAUUGCUCAUUUCCAUGAAUGGUUGGCGGGUGUUGCCUUGCCAUUAUGUAGAAAGAGAAGAAUUGAUGUCACCACCAUUUUCACCACUCAUGCUACUUUAUUAGGUCGUUAUUUGUGUGCUGGUUCUGUUGAUUUUUAUAACAAUUUGGCAAAUUUUGAUGUUGAUGCUGAAGCUGGUAAAAGAGGUAUUUAUCAUCGUUAUUGUAUUGAAAGAGCUGCUGCUCAUAGUGCUGAUGUUUUCACUACAGUCAGUUUAAUUACUGCUUAUGAAUCUGAACAUUUAUUGAAAAGAAAACCUGAUGGGGUUUUACCAAAUGGGUUGAAUGUUGUUAAGUUUCAAGCUGUUCAUGAAUUUCAAAAUUUACAUGCUAUCAAAAAAGAAAAGAUCAACGAGUUUAUUAAAGGUCAUUUCUAUGGCCAUUAUGAUUUUGAUUUAGAAAAUACUUUGUAUUUUUUCAUUUCUGGUCGUUAUGAAUAUAGAAAUAAAGGUGUUGAUUUCUUUAUUGAAAGUUUGGCAAGAUUAAACCAUAGAUUGAAAGAAUCAGGUUCCAAAACAACAGUUGUUGCAUUUAUUAUCAUGCCAGCUCAAACACAUUCUUAUACAGUGGAAACUUUAAAAGGUCAAGCUGUUAUCAAAGCUUUAGAAAAUACAGUUAAAGAAGUUCAAAAUUCAAUUGGACAUAGGUUAUUAGAACAUUGUUCAAGAUAUCAACAACAUGGUAAAGAAGUUCCAGAUUUGGAUGAUUUAAUUAGUUCUUCAGAUCGUGUUUUGUUGAAAAGACGUGUCUUUGCAUUGAAAAGAGAUGGUUUACCACCAAUUGUUACUCAUAACAUGAGUGAUGAUGCAAAUGAUCCAAUUUUAAAUCAAAUUAGAAGAGUUGGUUUAUUUAAUAACCCAAGUGAUCGUGUCAAAAUUAUUUUCCAUCCUGAAUUUUUAAAUGCAAAUAAUCCAAUUUUACCAUUAGAUUAUGAUGAAUUUGUUAGAGGUUGUCAUUUGGGUGUUUUCCCUUCAUAUUAUGAACCUUGGGGUUAUACACCAGCAGAAUGUACAGUUAUGGGUGUUCCAAGUAUUACAACCAAUUUAUCUGGUUUUGGUGGUUAUAUGGAAAAUUUAAUUGAAAAUUCUUCAGAUUAUGGUAUUUAUAUUGUUGAUAGACGUAUGAAAUCUGUUGAUGAAUCAAUUGAUCAAUUAACUAAUCAAAUGUUUGAUUUCUGUCAAAAGACAAGAAGACAACGUAUUAAUCAAAGAAAUAGAACUGAAAGAUUAUCAGAUUUAUUAGACUGGAAACGUAUGGGUUUAGAAUAUAUUAAAGCUAGAAAUUUAGCAUUAAGAAGAGCUUACCCAAAUUUGUUCACUGAUUCAAAUGGUGGUUCAGGUUCUGAAAGUUUAUUUAAUUCAAAAAUUAAAAUUUCAAGACCAUUAAGUGUACCAGGCUCACCAAGAGAUCGUAAUAAUAUUAUGACACCUGGUGAUUUAGGUUCUUUACAAGAUGCUGCUGUCACUGAUGAUUAUUUCCAAUUGGCAACAAAUGAAGAUGAAGAUCAAUAUGGUCAAUAUCCAUUAUCCUUAGGUGAAGCUGAGGAUAAAUAG